AUGCCGCGACCUGGACAAGUUCUUGGACUUGUGGGAACCAAUGGGAUUGGCAAGAGUACAGCGCUCAAGAUCCUUAGUGGCAAGUUGAAGCCAAACUUGGGAAGAUAUGAUAGCCCGCCAGAUUGGGAAGAGAUCCUGAAAUACUUCCGUGGUAGUGAGCUUCAAAACUACUUUACGAAAGUCCUUGAAGACGACCUGAAAGCUGUUGUCAAGCCACAAUAUGUGGAUCAACUCCCAAAAGCUGUUAAAGGAACAGAUAAAUCUGUUGAGCCCCUCAUCAAGGCUCGUUCUCAGAUGGAUAACAUGGACCACAUUAUGUCUGUGCUAGAGCUCGAACAGGUGAAGGAUCGAGAUAUUGGCUUGCUGUCAGGUGGUGAAUUGCAGCGAUUUGCAAUCGCCUUGGUCUGCGUCCAGCAAGCUGAUGUUUACAUGUUUGACGAACCCUCUUCCUUCCUCGACGUCAAACAGAGGCUGGUUGCUGCUCGUACUAUGAGAGAGCUUCUCCGUCCUGACGACUAUGUCAUUGUUGUCGAGCACGAUUUGUCGGUACUUGACUACCUCUCCGACUUCAUCUGUGUGCUCUACGGACGGCCUGCUGUUUACGGUGUGGUCACGCUUCCAGCAUCUGUGCGUGAAGGCAUCAAUAUUUUCUUGGACGGGAAUAUUCCAACUGAGAACCUGCGCUUCCGCGAGGAGUCCCUAACUUUCCGUAUUGCUGAAGCUGGAGAGGACUACAUGACGGACAAAGCACGUGGCUUUACUUAUCCUGCCAUGCAGAAGACACUUGGCUCUUUCCAUUUGAGUAUUGAGAGCGGCAGCUUUACAGAUAGCGAAAUUAUUGUUAUGAUGGGCGAAAACGGUACAGGGAAGACUACGUUCUGUAAAAUGCUUGCUGGAGCCGAGAAACCAGAUGGAACACAGAAAGUCCCGCCCAUGAAUAUCAGCAUGAAACCGCAGAAGAUCACACCAAAAUUCACCGGCACAGUUCGACAGCUCUUCUUCAAGAAGAUCAAGGCGGCCUUCCUCUCUCCCCAGUUCCAGACCGAUGUCUACAAACCACUAAAGAUUGAUGACUUUAUCGACCAAGAAGUUCAAAAUCUUUCUGGUGGAGAGUUACAACGUGUUGCUAUUGUGCUAGCGUUGGGUCUUCCUGCAGACAUCUACCUCAUCGAUGAGCCAUCCGCCUAUCUAGAUUCAGAGCAACGCAUCAUCGCAGCUCGAGUCAUCAAGCGAUUUAUCAUGCACGCCAAAAAGACAGCCUUCAUCGUCGAGCACGACUUCAUUAUGGCCACCUACCUCGCCGACCGCGUCAUCGUCUUCGGUGGCCAGCCAUCCCGAGAUGCAAACGCUAGCGCCCCUGAAAGUCUCCUCACUGGCUGCAACCGAUUUCUAAAGAAUCUAGACGUUACCUUCCGACGAGAUCCUAACUCGUACAGACCACGAAUCAACAAGCAUCAGUCGCAGCUAGACCAGGAGCAGAAAUUGGCAGGCAAUUUCUUCUUUUUGGAGGAAGAGAGUUGA